CCCACAAGACCGUGUUCCUGUUGAGCAGGAAGCACCAAUCGGGCUGCACCGUGGGGGAGAUGGCCUCGUCCACCGUGGAGAGUUUCGUGGCCCAGCAGCUACAGCUGCUGGAGCUGGAGCGGGACGCCGAGGUGGAGGAGCGCAGGUCCUGGCAGGAACACAGUUCUCUGAAAGAGCUCCAGAGCCAAGGGGUGUGUUUGCUGAAGCUUCAAGUAUCCAGCCAGUGCACUGGGCUGUACGGACAGCGGUUGGUCACCUUUGAGCCUAGGAAAUUCGGGCCUGUGGUGGUGCUUCCCAGCAACAGCUUCACUUCUGAUUGUCAGCUGUCUCUUGGCAGUGCCUGGAUAGAACCCAAGGCCUCUGUCAUGCUGAGCAAGCACCGUGCCAUUGCUCUGUACUCUGGAGCUUUUUGA